CUUUGUUAGUCUUUUGAAUUAUUCUCCAUUCUCAAAUUCUUAUUGUUUAAUAUUAUUCUUCUUAGUAUUUUUCCUAUUCUACUUUUUGGUUAUUGUUGUAAAUGGCUGGCUUAGAGGAACUUUUAAACGAGACCAAAACGACUUUAGAAAAGGGUCAAGAUACUACACAAAUUAGACGCCGUUUAGUUCAGUUCGAAAAUGCGCAAAGUAGAAAGAAUGCAAAUGUCCAAUUGAAUAUUGCAAAAUGUUAUUUAGAAGAAGCUAAAUCAAAAGUUGGCUCUGAAAGGAAAAAUAAAUUAAUUGAAGCUGAAGUGUGGAUCAAAAAAUCAUUGGCUACUUUUGUUUUAUUCGAUGCAUUGGUGACGAAGGGUAAAAUUCUUGGUUUGAAAAUUAGUGAAAGUAAAAAUGAUUGGGAUAAUGCACAAUGGGCGUUAGAAGCUUAUAAUACAUUACUUGACGCAGAGAAAAUUAACAAGGACGACGAUGAUGUUCUUUUGAUGCGUGCAAUCAUGAUGUACUACGCAUCGGGAAUGAACUGGUUUGAAAGAAAUGGAGCAAAAGCGUUUUGCCCUGCUAGUAGAACUUUAAUUAACGAGUCAAGUUUUGAGAAGACAAUUUCAAUUUUGAAAAAGUGCAAAACAAAUCGCAUUGAAAAAUACUAUUAUUUGGCCAAGUAA